CCAAGCAUCUAAGAACAAACCGAAACCCAGAAACCAAAUCCGCCAUGAAAAUAUGAUGAAAUCAUCAUCAAAGCCUAGUUUUUGCAAUUUUGAUUUUGGUCAUUAUGCUAAGGCUGGCAAAUCCAACUCUUCUACACUUAACAAACAUCAAAACAAGAACAAGAACAAAUACAAUCCCUCUGUUUCAAGUUCCACAAUUUGUUCUCUUCUCUACAGUCAACCAAAACCAAAAGCUUGAAUCUUUGAUCCCUCUUUUAAUCAAAAACCCACCUUCCUAUCAAGUUACUCAACAGCUCCACUCUCAUAUGGUUGUCAAUGGCUUACUCAACCACUCCAUGUUAGUGUUAAACACCCUGCUUAGAUGCUAUUCCUUUAGUGAUUUUGCCUGCAAGGCUUUCUUGCUUUACAAACAGUUUUUAAAUGCUAGCAAUCAAUCUCCCUCUUUUUCCCGGCCUUCUUUCGAUAGCUUCACCUACACAUUCCUUCUUAAUGCCAGUGCUGGGUUGUGUUAUCCGGUAAUGGGUACUCAGCUCCAUUGUCUAACAACGAAAUUGGGUUUUCAAUGUCAUGUUUAUGUUCAGACUGCUUUGGUUAAUAUGUAUGUAUCGUGUGGGGUUCUCAGUGAGGCAACGCAAGUGUUCGAUGAAAUGCCUCAGAGGAACUCUGUUACUUGGAAUGUCAUGAUUACUGGUUUGACCAAAUGGGGCGAGGUUGAAACUGCGAGGUCUUUGUUUGAUAAGAUGCCAGAUAGGAAUGUUGUGUCAUGGACUGGUAUUAUUGAUGGAUAUACAAGGAUGAAUCGGCAUGGAGAGGCCGUUGCCUUGUUCCGAGAAAUGGUUGUGUCUGAUAUAAAGCCUACUGAAAUUACAAUGUUGGCUAUAUUUCCUGCCGUUAGAGGUGAUCUUAAGAUAUGCCAAUCAAUUCAUGGUUACGUUGAGAAAAGUGGAUUUGAUGAAUGUGAUAUACGCAUAAGUAAUUCACUCAUAGAUACAUAUGCAAAAUGUGGGUGUAUUAUGAGUGCAUCGAGAUUCUUUGAGGAGAUAAAUGAUGAAAGGAAGAACUUGGUGUCAUGGACUUCUAUAAUUUCUGGGUUUGCAAUGCAUGGGAUGGGAAAAGAAGCAGUUGAAUGUUUUCAAAGGAUGGAAAAGAUGGGGUUGAAGCCGAAUCGAGUGGCACUGUUAAGUCUUUUAAAUGCUUGUAGUCAUGCGGGAUUGGUUGAGUUGGGGCUCAAUUUUUUCAAUAAGAUGGUUGAUGAGUAUCAGGUUUCUCCUGACAUCAAGCAUUACGGCUGUUUGGUAGACAUGCUGGGAAGGGCAGGGAGGUUGGAAGAAGCAGAAAAAAAAGCUUUGGAGAUUCCUAAUGAGAUUGUUAACGACGUUAUUUGGAGGACACUUUUGGGUGCUUGUAGCUUUCAUGGCGCGAUCGAGAUGGGUGAGAGAGUGACAAGGAAGAUCAUGGAAAUAGAGAAAGGAUACGGAGUUGAUUAUGUUCUUAUGUCAAACAUCUUUGCAAGUGCAGGAAAGUUUGAUGAUGUAGAGAGGUUGAGAGGAUUGUUGGAAGAGAGGAAUGUCUUUAAAUUACCCGGCCAGAGCUUACUAUAAAUUCUAGUUCGUACCAUAUUCAGAUAAUAGCUCUCUGGUACACAGUGCCAGGUUUCAGUCUUACUGAUGAGGGAGUUACUAGACACGCUCGUCCAAGAACCAAGCCAUGGAGAAAUCUUCUGAUGCUGAUGUUCCACAUUAUUGCGGCUAUCCUUUUAUAUUACACACCCAGAGAUGGCUCAAGGAGAGAUUAUGCAACGGCUUGCUUGGUGUAACAAUAUUGUCUUGCAAGAAAGCAUGAUACUGCCUUCCGCUCUCAUCGAAGCCAAUUAAAGACUGGUUCAUCAUUUCUUGCUAGAAAGAAGUGGCAUGCAUCCUAAGGUCCUAGGUCAGGUAUGCUACUGGAUUAAACGAUCACAAGUAUCCUAAGUAUCAGGAGAAGUGAAGGCAACAAUCUUCCAAAUUUGGUUUGCCAAAGGAAUGGGACAACACUGACUGGAGUUUUAAGAUUCUCUUGGCUCAUAUUCUUUUAUUAAGUCAGGUACUGGUAUAUUGUGAACAAAUAGGAAUUCUAGAAUAUGAUAAGCUUCCAUUGUACAAGAACAGUAACUAGUUUUACCUUUAUUUUACAUCAGCCACUAGUGGGGAAUUUUCCGUAAUAGGUGAAAGCCUAAUGGAGCAAUGCCGCGUGGAGGUAGUAGAAAUGACUAAUGAGAUGUAAUACUAGUAUAGAGGGGAAUUAGCAUUCAACAUUAUGAUUUUGAAAGGAUGAUGGUAAGGUGUGAAAUUUCAGUGCGUGUGAUUUGAGGAUUCGAGUUUAGACAGAUAGUGGA